AUGGGCAUUCCGUGCGACGACAUCACAACAGCAAACCGGGUGGCGGCACACAACGAUCAACAUCAACUCAGUGGACCCUGGUCAAAUCUGACUUAUCCAUUAACCAGACGUGUUGCUUCUAAGGACAUAUCAAACCAUUUUGGCAUUCAUGAACGAAGACGGCAAGAUUUAACAAGAAGCAGCUUUGACUCAUUUAUCAGUGGACAGUGGGACGAAGAACCAUCUUUCCAGCGUGUACAAGCAUCUACUCCGUUAAUUCCUUUUGCUCUGGACCUUUCACUAGAUGGAUAUUCCAAUGAUGAUAAGCCGUUGGAUUUAAAAGUUGUCAAAUCACCCACAAUCAAAUUACGCGAUCAAAAUCCAAACCCAAUAGUGAUUGAUUUGAGAAAGCAGAAUACUGCGAGCCGCAGUACAGAAGAUAUUAGAAAUGCUACAAGUGUCCCGAUUCACACUGUAGGUUCAAACGAUUUUAACUAUGAAGGAGAUUAUACAGAUGAUGAAAAUGAUCCAGACUGGUUGCCUGACGGUGAUGCUACAUUGUUAAAUGAAUUUUCAAUUUACGAAUAUUUUGAAAAAUUCAAGAAUGAUAAUUUAUCUGAUGUGGAUACACAAACAUUUGAUGAUGAAGUUGAAGAUACAAUGCGUGAUGAUCUAACAACAAAAGAUAAACUGCUACCAAAGGAGAGUAAAUCUAAUUUGCGGACGAAGAACAAAAAACUUCAAAUAAAGGGGCUUCAGUAUACAAAAGGUGAUGGAACUGUUGUCCGAGCAAGGUGAGUACAACUACCCUGAAGUUGUAGGAUGCGAUGCUAUGAAAAAUUCUCUGGAACCGUUCGUAAGAGUUUAUUAGGUGGCCUUCUAGAACUGACUCAAUCGGGACAAAACCAAUUUCUAACAAAACGAUCCGACCAAAGGUUGGCAUUUCAAAUAUUUGUUCUUAUUUCACGGCGUAGUUGGUCCAGGAUCUAUAAGCUACCAGGUGUGGGAGGCGCAGUAAAAGUUUGCAAGCAUAUGUUCUUGUCUACGUUUGACCUUAAAGAACGUAAAGUUCGUGUUAUGGCCGAUAAGCUAAUUCUUGGUAGAGGAAUUGCUGAAGAUGAUAUGCGGAAGGACAAUCACACGGGAGAACAAAUUGACCCUGAACAUGCUGAUUACAUAAUUGAGCAUAUUAAGACAUUUCCAACCGAAGAAAGUCAUUACAGCCGCGAAAAGUCAUCAUGUCUGUAUUUAUCUUCCGAUUUAACGAUUAAUCGGAUGUACGAACUUUAUCGAAACCUGUGUGACCUAAAAAACAUUAUCCCAGUUCAUUAUAACACAUAUAGAAUUGCCUUUAACUCCUUGAAUAUUAAGUUUCGGAAGCCUAGAAUUGAUACCUGCAACACCUGCGAUAUGUUCAAAGUGGAGUUGCAAAUAGAGAAGGACAACAUGAAACGAGCAGAAAUAGUUACUCAUAAUAUUCAACCUCUGCUGUCGGACUCUAAGCUGCAUAGCUUUCUUGUUCGCUGUUCGCAGAGCUGGGAAACGUCUGCCGACAGCCGUCAACCGUCGGAUCAACAAUCCAUAUUUCAAGCUUGA